AUGCAGAGUCUCACAGGCCGUUUCGAUCUCGCAUCCUGGAUUGGGGUAUCCGGAGGUUCGAGCUCGCGACCCCCAAAAAAGAGUAACAAUGAUCGUGGUCCCUCUUCAGCUUCAGCAUGGGGCGUAUACGACAAGGGCCGCCCAAACUUACCGGAUGGUAAUCAGGAUUCGAGCUCUGAUAAGAUUGAAGUCGAUUCCAGUUAUUUGUCUCAUUCAUGGGAAGACAAAUCAAAAAUACCGUCGAAUGAUCAUGAGCAACAAACAAUCUCUAAUACAUCUAAGAGACCAAACGAAGCGCCGUACAUGCAUGAUACCCGACAAGAAUAUCCCGAUAUCCACAUCAAAGGUGCAGGGGCCCGCGUGGAACGAUCCCAGAGAACUCCUCACGACAAGCGUUGUACCGAUAGCAACAUCAGAUACAGCAACAAACGGCUAGAAGAUGACAUUAGGCAGAGGGUUGAGGCGCAGCUGGAAAAAAAGCACCGCGAGAAAUGUGAAGCGAUGUUAAGAAAAAUUAAUCAGGAUCAAAAGUCGUUGGAAAAGAAUAAGAUUCAGCUAAGAGAAUUAGAAAAUGCCUACAAAAAUAGUCUGGUUACAUUAGAAGAGAGUCGUUCGGCAUUUGCAAAAAAGGAGCAGGAGACACAAGACGUCAUAUCGAAGCUAAAGUCCAACAUCAACGAUCUUACAGUAUCCGUCUCAAGGACAGUGAAUGCAAACGGAAUCACUACCAGAGAUGACGACUAUUUCGAAGCGGAGUUUGCUAGCCUAAAAAAUUCGAUACAUCAGUGGGCUCGUCAAUCAUUUCGUCAAAUUGAUGCAAUUACAUAUGAUCAACUUCCGACCAGGUUAUCCAACCUUUUAGGAGUUAGUAUCCCCGGAUUUAAAAUCACUCAUGACUCUAGAAUUGGCUCCACCGAAUUUGAGGCGAUAAUGGUCUACACGAUGUUAUUCGACACGGUCUUUGAACCGAGGUUUCUUCUACCUUGGGAGAGUAUGGCGCCGAGUCUGAAGGAAUUGUACAACCCAGAACAAAGUGGGGGCUACCAGAGGCCCGACAUGAUGGGUACUUUACAACAUUACCUUGGGGGAACCGAUCUCAAGAAACGAGAAUUGUUUGCUCAAACCAUCGAGGAUCCUUCUAGAACUGUCGAAUAG